UCCAUAACCUGCGUGAUCUUUACCACUUACAGUCGGCAACAUCACCAUCGGCUUGUGCUCUUCAGCAACUUUCGGAAUUUCGUCGCUCGCGACUCGGUGCUCUCGAUCGACAGGAGUUCUUCACGGCUCCUGCUAGAAUCUUCCGGCCUUUUGUGAAAGAAACUAACUCCCGAACUUGUUCACCAACCUGUUGAAUUUCGUUCCGGCAGCUGCAAAUCACAAGGUCCAUAUCAUGCGCGUGCCCGUUUAUUUGGUAUGCGCUGCUUUGGUUGUUGCUGUGAAAAGCGAAGACCGUACAAACUACUAUGGAGGCAAAUUCUUAGAACCCGUUGAUGUAGCUGCUGAUCAAGAAACCGUCAGUUAUCUUCUACCAAAACUUGCCGCCAAAUACAGACCUAACAGUGAAUGGAGCGGAGUCACAGAUCCACGCUUUUAUGUACUUACGGAAAUGGAAUCAAACGACAUCGAUAAUCAGAACAAGCUCAGUCCAGAAGCGCGAAGUAAAAGAGCAGGAGCUUUGGGAGAAUCUGGAGCGUCCCUCUCUAUUGUAAAUUCCUUGGACGUACUUCGCAACCGACUUUUACUGGAAAUUGCAAGAAAGAAGGCCAAAGAAGGAGCUAAUCGGAACCGACAGAUCUUGUUAUCACUGGGCAAAAGAGCAUUUCUUCAAUCACGAGCUUCCGGAAAUUACGACAAUAAUGUAUAAAUCAAGCACAGGUUUCAUCGAAUUUGUCGAUGAAAUCUUCACCUGCUGCUUUCUUUCUUCGCUCUCCGUCUGUGACAACUGAAUAGUUUUUCGAAAUAGCUGAAUAUUAAUUUUACUUAAAGUAAUUGGAUAUAUCAAAAAGAGUAGGAAAUUUCCAUCCGAUAGAGUAAUGGUAGUGAUACAGGUGUCUCAUAAUAUACACGUAAAGUCCUGUCUACACUAGGUAAACUAUAGUCUGUCCACAACAACGUGAAGACGUAACAAAACAGUGAUUCUGCAUCAUACGAGUAUGUAAUACUAGUCAUUCUUCAUGCAGUUUUCCUAAUUUAUUAAAAAGGCACCUGUAUAUUAAAUUUUAUUUGCUCAUAUCCACUUAUGUUGACGCUUAUCGGCCUAUACAGUAUUAAAAUGCAUAAAUGUACCUAAAUUUGUCUACCUUCUUAAAACGUAUAUAAUGAUUGAAUGUUGAUAUUUUUUUAAGUAAUAUAAGUGUCCACAACGUUUGUAAGGAGAGGAUUUGAUCUGAAUGAUGUAUAUUUUGUGGACAUACAACGACUAUUUGUUCACAUCUGUAACUUUCUUAGUAGCUAAAUAAUAUUAAAAUGUUCUGUUAUAAAAGACACAGAUAUAUAGUAUAUUUUAUAAUGUGUUUAAUAAUUGAAUUUUUAAUAUGUAGAUGUCUUCUGUUACUGAUGUGUAUCAUAUAAUGUACAAAAUAAAUGGAA